AUGUAUGUUAUGUCUACUAGUGAUGACGGUGACUGUUACCUGAGUGUUCCGCCCGACCCGGGCGGUGCAGCUGCUGCUCUAGGUGCCACUGAGUCUGCUGCUCCAGGUGCUAGCGAGUCUGCUGCUCCAGGUGCUAGUGAGUCUGCUGCCCCAGGUGCUGGUGAGUCUGCUCUCUCAGGUACCACGUCUGCUCAGGCGUCGCACACUUUCACCCUUGACUCGGGUGCUUCCCGCUCCUUCUUUCGAGACCGCACCACUCUCACGCCGCUCAGUCGGCCGGUUGCGGUCUCCCUGGCAGACCCCUCUGGGGGUCCUGUUCUUGCCCACUACUCCACUGUUCUACCGUGUCCAGCGGUCCCGUCUGGCUCCCUGUCGGGUCUCUACCUCCCCUCGUUCUCUACGAACUUGGUGGCGGGUGCUGACCUACAGGAUGGGGGGGUUGACCAGUUCACCCCUGCGCGUCAGCGGGUGACCCACUGCACGUGUGCGGACACGGGCCGACACUUGGCCACGUUUACUCGUCGGCCGGGGUCGAGCCUGUACACCCUGACUACCGAGUCUUCUCCGAUAGCUGUGCCUGGUCAGGUAGCUGCGUCGGGUCAGGUGUUUGCUGCAGCGUCUCGGUCUGGUCCUGAGUCUGCCCCCUGCUCGUGUCGCCUUCUGUCCUACGAGACUCUUCUCUGGCACCACCGUCUUGGUCACCCCUCCCUGCCUCGUCUCCGAGGCAUGGCCUCUCGUGUCCUGGUCUCUGGUCUCCCCCGGUCUCUCCCUCCCCUCCCUCCGGGACCCGCCCCUACCUGCGUUCCCUGCGUCGAGGGGCGGCAGCGCGCCGCUUCUCACUCCUCCGAGUUUCCGCCGACAGAGGCUCCGCUGCAGACUCUUCACAUGGACGUGUGGGGCCCAGCCCGCGUCCGUGGACAGGGUCACGAGCGCUACUUCCUGCUGGUGGUUGACGACUACUCGCGUUACACCACAGUCUUCCCCUUGCGCCGCAAGGAUGAGGUCACUGAGGUGUUGAUCGACUGGAUCCGCGCUGCUCGUCUCCAGCUCAGGAAGAGUUUCGGCUCGGACUUUCCUGUCUUGCGUCUGCACUCUGACAGAGGUGGAGAGUUUUCCUCCGGCCCUCUGCGAGCCUUCUGUCGUGCGAGAGGCAUCUGCCAGAUGUUCACGCUUCCGGCCUCUCCACAGCAAAAUGGGAUUGCUGAGCGCCGCAUUGGCAUGGUCAUGGAUGUCGCUCGCACGUCCAUGAUCCAUGCGGCUGCUCCCCAUUUUCUGUGGCCGUUUGCGGUUCAGUACGCGGCGCGUCAGAUCAACCUUCAGCCCCGGGUCUCCAUGCCGGACACCUCCCCCACUCUGAGGUGGACGGGGCAGGUUGGCGAUGCGUCUGCGUUUCGUGUCUGGGGAUCUCGGGCUUUUGUCCGAGACUUGUCUACGGACAAGCUGUCCUCCCGUGCUGUUCCCUGCGUCUUCCUUGGCUUCCCCCCUGAUGCGCCUGGUUGGCAGUUUUACCACCCCACCUCGCGCCGUGUUCUCUCCUCCCAGGACGUCACGUUUGACGAGUCGGUUCCGUACUACCGUCUCUUCCCCUACCGCGCUGCCCCCCUUCCCCCCCCCGCCGCUCUUCCUUACGCCAGGUCCCCCCUAAUCCCUAAACCCUAA